AUGGCAAUACCUGAGAACACGGGUGUCCAAAGAUCCGCCACACACCGAGCUAGAGCGCAACGUGGACUGGUUGCCCGCCCCAUGAUGUGCAUCUAA